AUGAAGUUCCUGACGACGACCACCCUCGCCGUUCUGGCACUCGCCUCUUCAACUUUGGCCCAUUUCACGCUGGACUACCCCCUCACGCGCGGCUUCGACGAAGAUCUCGAGAACAACAACUUCUGCGGUGGCUUCUCAAACCCUCUCCUCCCUCGUCAGCCGUGGUAUUACCGCAACGGCCCCGUCUCGAUCGAUAGCCACCACGACGCGGCCACCGUAAACAUCUAUAUCUCCUACUCGCUUCCCAACUCGUCGCAGUCUUUCCUAGCAGCUCCUCCUCUGAGGCAAGACCUGGCGAUCAAGGGAGAGGGCGAGUUUUGCUUCCACGCCAACGCUACGGCGGCCGGAACGGGGGCUGGAACCAACGCGACGCUCAUGGUCGAAUUCAUCAGCAACGUCCAUGGACAUCUGUACCAGUGCUCGGAUGUGGUCUUCACGGAUGACGCUAGUGUGGGAAGCAAUGUGACGUGUACGGACUCACUAACCGCUGCAGCUUCCAGUGGAGGUGGCGAGGAGAACACGACGACGACGACAUCAAGCACGAGCCCGGCAGCACAGACAAGCGCCCCGGCGAGAUCGAACAGCAAUGGCGCGGAGGGGACGGUCAGGUCGAUGGGCUGGUUUGCGGCGGUGGUGCCCGUUUUUGUUGCUGGCGCUCUGUCCCUCGCUUGA